AUGAAGAGACUGGCAGUGAAAAGGAGGGGUAUUUUUGCCCUCAACUUUGCUGUCUGGACCCUCUUAUGCAUUGGAUCUAUAGCACUUUGCUUGUUUGGUUGUUGUUGGGUUCAAAGGAAGUCAAAUCUGGCAAAUGUUCGAGCAAAACACUUCACAAAGAAUGGAGGCAUCUUGUUACAACGACAAUUCUCUUCUCUCCAUGGAUCUACCAGAUCCCCAAAAAUCUAUUCCACUCAAGAGCUCAAACAGGCCACAAACAACUAUCAUUCCACCAAUAUAUUAAGUAGUGGUGGGAAUGGCUCUGUCUACAAAGGAAUUCUCAAGGAUGGCUCAGUGGUAGCCGUUAAGAAGUCUCAAGUUGUAGAUAAAAGCCACAUCGAUCAAUUCAUAAAUGAGGUUGUCAUUCUAACUGAAAUCAAUCAUAGGAAUGUAGUGAAGCUCUUGGGCUGUUGUUUGGAGACACAAGUUCCCAUGUUGGUUUAUGAGUUCAUCUCAAAUGGAACUUUGUGCGAGAAAAUCCAUGAAAGCGAUGAUCCUUUGGAGCGUAUUUCUUGGCAAUCACGCUUUCGAAUCGCAGUCAAAACUGCAGGUGCUCUUUCCUACCUUCAUUCUUCUACUUCCACACCCAUAUUCCACAGAGAUGUUAAGUCCUCCAACAUACUUUUGGACAAGAACUAUACUCCGAAGGUAGCCGAUUUUGGAAUUUCAAGAUUAGUACCACUUGACAAGACAAAGGUCUCAACUAUGGUGCUUGGAACGUUUGGAUACUUGGAUCCCGAAUACUUCAACACCGGAAAUUUAACAGAAAAGAGUGACGUUUAUAGCUUUGGGGUGGUUUUACUGGAGCUUUUAACCGGGCGGAAGCCUAUUUGCCCUCAUUCAUCAAUUGAGUAUCAUAAUUUGCCAAUGGUGUUUUUAUCUUAUGUUAGGAAUGAUAAUUUCGUAGAGAUUUUGGAUGACAACGUAGCAUGUGAAGGAAAAAUGGAGGAAUUACAAGCUGUAGCCGACCUCCCAAGACGAUGCCUAAGAGUGAAAGGUGGAGAGAGGCCUACGAUGAAGGAGGUUAAGAGAAGUCUUGAAGAUCUGAGAGUCUUUCUUCUCUUUAAUUGUGACUAUCAUCUUGUCAUGGCACCCAAGCGAGUGACCCGAACGACUUCUACUUUCCCGCCUGAGAUUCCUGUUACCCCACCAGAGACUUUUACACCACCAUCCGAGUCUAGCGCAACACCGACCGUGUCAGUAAGUGCGGACCAGCUACAGCAGAUGUUGCAAACAAUGACUGGCAUUCUUCAGAGAGGAGGGCGGAAUAAGAAGGCCCCCUCCGGUAGCUCCACAGCAGCAACGGGAUCCUCAGUCAUCAGGAGCAGUCAUCGACGAUUCAUGUGA